AAAAAAAAAUCAAAUAAUGUUGGCAAAAAGUUCAUUAAAAUUUUCAUAAAUUAGUUAGGAAAUUAUCAUUGGAAACAUUUGUAAAAUUUCUCUCUCUGAAUAAUUUAGUGAUGAAGCGGUAAAAAAUUUAUCUUUCCUUUUGCUGAUAAAAGCAAAAUUUGGAAAGCCGAAAAAUUUCUUUUAAUAUCUUCAUCAUAGCACAUAAAUUUUGCUGAUUUCACAUAUACACACACAACUAUACACAUGUGAACAUAUUUCUGUGCGUAAAUUUUUCUAUACAUUUGCUUAUUUCGUAUAUACAGAGCAAGAGACGAAAAGGAUUAGAACAACGCUCGUACAUAUAUACUGGCAUACAAAUAACUCUCAAUUAAACGAACGAACUACUUAAAAACGGAGCAGUUUAAGUGCAACAAUAAAACUAAACAAGCAGGUGGUGGGAGUAAACAGGAACGUAAAGGAAAAAGAAUAUAGAAUAAAAAAUCAAAAAAACAAAAAAAAAAUCAAGAUUGGAAGAAUAUCACCUACACAAAAAACAAAAAAAAAAAAAGAAGAAAAAACAACUAGAACAGCAGUAUCUACAUAUGCAUGCUACGUUCAUUAAACUAUUGAUGUUACAACAAAUACUGAAACGUCAAAUAGUAGAACAACAGAAAUUUUAAAACCCGGCCAAGAAAAGUACUACAUAGAUGCUUAAGUAUGUGCGGGGAAGUAUUGGCACUCAAAAGAUAAGCACUAGAGCAAAAAAAAAGUGUCUGAUAUCCCGAGUGCAGAGUUCUGCUUAAAACCAAUUUAAUAGUUUUCUGUAAUCAUAACAAAAAACCAGCUAAACAAUUGCUCUUCUGACGACUGUCCCUGCAGCAGGAAUUGUUGAAGAAGAAUUUUUGAACAGAAAAAAAACUAAAGAGUUAUCACGUCUUUUUUUUUUGCUGUUGUUGCGUAUUACAACAACAACAAUAAUAACAAUAACAUCUUCAUAACGCAAAGUGUGUCACAAGUCACUCCAAUAGUAAAAACUUAAGUGCAUUGUGUGCCAUAUUUUGUUUUAUGCUUCGAGUAGUGUGAAAAGCAAACACAAAGGAAGCGUUAUCGCAGAUAAAUCGGAAGAAAAAAACACCCAUUUUUUAUUUACGAGCAAUUAGGAGAACGAAGAAAUAACAGCCACAUUAUGAAUACGUUACCCGAUCCCUGGGUUAUAACCCAGCGUGAAAAGUUAAAAUAUCAGGACCAAUUUAAGGCUUUACAACCUCAAAACGGUUAUGUGACCGGAGGUCAAGCAAAAGGUUUCUUUCUGCAAUCACAAUUGCCGCCUUUGAUACUUGGUCAAAUAUGGGCAUUGGCUGAUACCGAUUCGGAUGGUAAAAUGAAUAUAAAUGAGUUUAGCAUUGCUUGCAAAUUGAUUGGUUUAAAAUUGCGUGGCAUGGAAGUGCCUAAGGCUUUGCCACCCACGUUAUUAGCUUCGUUGUCUUCAGUUGGCACUACACCUACUAUGACACCCACCGGUCCUGGUAGCUUAAGCCCUUUGGACCCAGCGAAAUGUAUACAGAGUGCCGUAUCACCAUUAGUUCGGCCAACAGAGAUAAUUGCGACCACAGCAACAGCAGCAACUGCGGCAACAGUAGCGCCUAUUGUUAUGGCUGGGGGAGUUAAGCCAACAAUUGUGCCCGGCAUUAUACCAGCGGCUAUGACUAAUAUAGUAUCACAACCAAAUAUGCCAACACCGGCUGUAGCGGCCGCAGCUAUAACAGUGCAACAAAUGCCGGGUGCAGUUCCGGUGAUACCACCAGCCAUACAGCCAGGUAUAAUACCUGCUGUUGGAUCAGCGGUUCCUAAUAUGUCUAUGGUAUCCGGUGCGGCACAACCUGGCGUUGUUGCCGUGGUGCCAUCACCACCUGUCAUGACGGGAGUAAUACCCGGGGCUGCGGUUUCCCCAUCAGGUCUACCUGUAGCAGCAGCGGUUAUACCACCUUCGUCUAUUGCCAAGGUUUUGUCGCCACCACCAACAGAAGUUAAAACUUCGACAACGCCUACACCACCCCAGAGUAAUCCUCCCAGUCGCAAUAUGUCGAUAUCGGAACGCGCUCCUUCCCUAGAAUCACCACAAGGGGAGUGGGCUGUUAAAGCUCCAGCCAAACGAAAAUACAGUCAGGUCUUCAAUGUUGCUGAUCGCAAUCGUACCGGAUAUUUGACUGGCGUGCAAGCACGUGGUAUAUUGGUACAAAGUAAAUUGCCGCAAGCCACUUUGGCUCAGAUUUGGACUUUAUCCGAUUUAGAUUGUGAUGGACGUUUGAGUUGUGAGGAGUUCAUUUUGGCCAUGUUCCUAUGUGACAAAGCCAUGAAUGGUGAAAAAAUACCACCUGCCUUACCAGUCGAUUGGAUACCACCCAGUUUUCGUAAAAGCAAAUCACGUCAAAGUUCAAUAUCGGGACCUGGCUCUCGUCCGGGCUCGCAACCGGUUUCACGUCACGCUUCUGUUUCAUCACAAGGAACUGUGGACGCUGAUCCGGCUGCAGGUCUGCCACAAACCACUUUUGAAGAUAAACGUAAAGAGAACUUUGAUAAAGGACAAGCCGAAUUGGAUCGAAGACGUAAGCUGUUGCAAGAACAGCAGCGCAAAGAGAAGGAAGAACGCGAACGUAAAGAACGUGAGGAGGCAGAGAAACGUGAAAAAGCCCGUUUGGAGGCCGAACGUAAACAGCAAGAGGAACUUGAACGACAAUUGCAAAAGCAACGUGAACUUGAACUCGAAAAAGAAGAACAAAGAAAACGUGAAUUGGAAGCAAGAGAAGCAGCACGAAAAGAACUCGAAAAACAACGGUUGAUGGAAUGGGAGCAACAGCGCAUAGCCGAAUUGAAUUCACAGAAACAACGCGAACAAGAGAGAGUAUUAAAGCAAAAGGCACAGAAUACUCAACUGAAUGUGGAAUUGAGUACAUUAAAUGAAAAGAUUAAGGAUUUAUCUCAAAAGAUUUGCGAAACAAGGGCUGGAGUUACCAAUGUUAAAUCGGUUAUAGAUGGCAUGCGCUCGCAACGUGACAGUUCAAUGACAGAAAUGUCACAAUUGAAAACUCGUAUUAAGGAACAAAAUGCUAAGCUUCUGCAAUUGACCCAAGAACGGGCAAAAUGGGAUGCUAAGGUUAAAGCGGCCGGUAAUACGUUUGACGCGGGACAACAAGAGCAAUUCAACGCCGCUUUUGCCAAUAAACAGCUUAUUAUCAAACAAUUGAAAGAUAAAGUGGAAAACAUAAGAAAAGAAAUCGAAAGCAAAAAGGAAGACAUUAAUUCACACGAUUUAACGGUUACGGAAGUUAAAGGCGAAUUGGGAGCUCUGAUAAAUAAAUGUGAGGAAUUGUAUAGCGAUUAUGAUGCACAACGUACUCAUGUUUUAGAAAUGAAAUAUAAUAAAAAGAAUGAGAACGUGUCUGCUACAUCAGCUUGGGAUACAGGGUCUGCUUGGGGUACCACCACAACUACGAGUAUUGAUCAAUAUGGUUUGAGUAAUGAUAACACAAAUGAAUUAACUGCUGAAACCAUUGUGAACGCUGUAGAUACCAGUGAACCUGCACCCGAAGGCUUCGUUAAAUAUCGAGCUGUUUACGAAUUUUCGGCACGAAAUGCAGAUGAGAUUUCUUUUAUGCCGGGAGAUAUCAUUCUGGUUCCAUUAGAGCAAAAUGCUGAACCUGGUUGGUUGGCUGGCGAAAUCAGUGGGCAUACCGGCUGGUUUCCGGAAACUUAUGUCGAAAAAUUAGAAGAGGUUGACACUGCUCAGACUUAUGCAGCACAAGACACCUACAAUGAUAACAGCCAAAAUUAUGAAAGCACAACCGUGGAGGCUACGGAAGUUAGUGGCGACAAUGCUUACAAUGGCGAGGUAGAAUAUUAUAUAGCCGCCUAUCCUUAUGAAUCGGGAGAAGUAGGCGAUUUGACUUUUAGUGCCGGUGAAAUGAUUAUGGUAAUUAAAAAAGAAGGUGAUUGGUGGACUGGUACUAUCGGGAAUCGUACCGGCAUGUUCCCAUCGAAUUAUGUGCAAAAAGCUGACAUCGGCUCCUCAGCACCCACCGCAGAUACUACAGAUCUUAAUCAAGCCUACGAUCAUCAAAAGGAUAAUACAAUGAACGGUAAUGCUCAAGAUGAAUUUGCUGCUAACACUGCUUUGCAAGAUCAACAGCCACCACAACAAACAGAACCACUAACAAAUGAUAUUAACAUUCCUGCCUCUGUAUCCUCACAACAAUACAAUCUUCAAAUGCAUACAGAAAAGGUAGCUGCUGCGGCGGCAGCUGCCGAAGAAACACGUACAAACGAAGAACUAGACACAGAAGUUUCACAAAUUAAUACACAAUCGAAUCAGAAGAUCAAUCAGCAAACGAAUGAAUCGUCAGAAUCAUAUAGCCGGCCCAUGUCACGCACUUCUUCCAUGACUCCUCAGGGUAUGCGAGCAAAACGCUUUGAAAUCGCUCAAGUUAUUGCUCCUUAUGAUGCCACGAGCUCCGAACAAUUGUCUUUAGUGCGAGGACAAUUGAUAAUGAUACGCAAAAAAACUGACUCGGGUUGGUGGGAAGGUGAACUUCAAGCUAAAGGACGCCGGCGUCAAAUAGGCUGGUUCCCUGCAACUUAUGUAAAAGUAUUACAAGGCGGUCGCAAUAGUGGUCGCAAUACUCCAGUAUCUGGAAGUCGUGUGGAAAUGGCUGAACAGAUAUUAGAUAAAGUAGUUGCUCUGUAUCCUUACAAGGCGCAAAAUGAUGACGAGUUAUCAUUCGAUAAAGAUGACAUAAUCAGUGUAUUGGGCCGUGAUGAACCGGAAUGGUGGCGUGGUGAAUUGAAUGGUCUUACCGGUCUCUUUCCCAGUAAUUAUGUGGGUCCCUUUGUUACUUCUGGUAAGAAAUCGAAAGGCAAAAAGUAGUCUUUAUCCAAAACACUUUCUCCUGCCUUAAAAAACUCUUAGAAAUUCUUUCCGCGAGAGCUUUCGCACGUUUAGAAAAAUUUUAUUUUUUAUUAUAAAGAAAUUAUAUUUUUUGUAACAUUUACUAUUUAUAUGGCGUUGUUUGAAUCAUUCCUUUGGCAAAUCUUUUUUUUUUUGCCUCUAGUUUAGUCAAUUUUAUUUUUACAAAUAUUUUUUCAUCAUAUUUUGCGUUAUUAUAUCUAAAAUUAAACUGUAUUUUAAUCUAAGCAAAUCAAAUAUUUCCCUGUUAAUUAUU